UCUUCAAUUUUUUUUUGGGGACGUCUUGAACCACUUGACAUGUGUUGAGAUACAUUGAGGUAGAAUGUAUGCUAGAGACAUUUUUUUGUCAUGAGUUCUUGAAUGUAGUUGCAUAUAUUUUAUUUUCAAAAUUAGCAGAAAAAAUUGGCCCAUUUCAUUAUAAAAUACAUAAAUCGCGAACGAAAAAGUGUAGUACCUUUUAUUACUUGCAACAUCCUUAUUGAAUUCACCAUCAUAAUCAUAAUACAAAUUAUUCAAAUUAAUCUAUUAUGAAUACACCAAACACAAAGAAAAUUUUCGAGUUUAUUCGUUUUGUGAACAUCUUAAAACAUCGACCACGAGAGGGAUGGCGUCGGUCAGGUUUAAAAAACACAGAGACUAUUUCAGGUCAUAUGUAUGCAAUGGGAAUGAUGACCUUCCUUCUUGGAGAUAAUACACCUUUAGAUAGAUUGAAAUGUUUACAACUAGCGAUAGUUCAUGAUCUGGCGGAAAGUAUAAUUGGAGAUAUCACACCACAUGAUAAUGUCCCCGCAGACAAGAAGAAAUUAAUGGAAGAUGAAGCCAUGCAGCAAAUAACAUCUACAUUGGAGGAUGACAUCGGCAAGACAAUAUAUACAUUAUACAAAGAAUAUGAAGCCAAAGAAACACCAGAAGCUAAGUUUGUUAAAGAUUUGGAUAGAUUUGAUUUGUUAUUUACAGCAACAGAAUAUGAACAAAGAGAUAAUAUACCUGGAAAACUGGAGGAGUAUUUUAAAACGACUGCUGACAAGAUUGAACAUCCCCUUAUCAAAGCCUUGCUAGAUUAUCUACUGGAACAAAGACAGAAGAGUUGCUUGUAGGUUUUUUCCAUUACUUAAGAAACAAAGUUUUUUAUGAUAACUUUUAUUUUGUUUGAUUUU